AUGGGUGCUGGCACAAACACCACUGAUGUUGUCUUUGGUAUGCCUGUGUCUGGCGGAACUGCACCAGUUAUGGGAAUUGACUCGAUGGCUGGCCCAACUCUGGCAACAGUCCCAACGAUUGAGAUGAUGCCAUUUGAGCAGACUGGUUUGCGACGCAUUGCCAAAAUUGGACCAGGUAGUGAACAAGCGUGCGCAUUCCAGACAUUGGUGUUGAUUCAAACCGAUCUGAAGGAUCUGGAAGACGAUUUUUUGGGCAAGUGGACUGGAAUUCGAGAUCGGGAAAGCACCUAUGCUCUAAUGCUCGAGAUCGAAAUGGGCACCAAUGGAUUCACAACAACGGCAAGCUUUGACUCAAGAGCGAUCAAGCCUUGGAUUGUAUGCCUGCUAUUGGAAAGAUUGGAGCAUGUAUCUCAGCAGAUUUGGCGUGCUGAUUCCGAAGUUUUGCUGAGAGCUAUUGAGGCAAUGAUCAAGCAUGACUAA